AUGCAAUGGGGAAAAGGACAAAAAUUGACGAUUCCCGAGACGAGUUUCGGAAAAAUUGCGUGUAAAGCGGUCAGCAGUUUCACCGACAACGAUCAAAUGAAUUUGUUGAAUGAGUUCUCGCGUGGCAAUUGUGCGGCUUCUGAGAAUGACUCGUGCCCGCUGCUUUGCAUCGAGAAACAAUUGGACCUUGAGGAUUAUGCGUUCGAAAAUCAUGAGAGACCCCCAAAAUAUUUGGCUCAUUUCAAUCGCGAAGGCUAUGCGGAUUUUAGCGAAGAAUUCGCGACUGGCGACUCGAUUGUUAUCAAUUUGUAUCCGCAUCCAUGGUCGACCAAACUUGAAUUGAUAGUAACUGACGAGGCGACUACGUUUGAGGUGUUCCGAAUCACUCGUAUUGAUGAUGAAAAUAAGGAUAUUUUCCGAUUUGAGGAUACCAGCGUCGAUCUCAGUUUUAAGAUGAAAUACUCGCGAUUCGAUAUUCGAAUUCAAAUUCGCGAAUCUCAAUUGGAAAUCACGUUCGACGCGCGUCACGAUACUAUCACACAAAUCAUUCCGGUUAUUGGGUUGAAUUUGAAAAAAAUCAAAAAAUUGCGCAUCAACGGUGGAUUCGCGUCGAAUAUUGAGCACAUUGGCGGAAAGUGCAAUUUGCUUCGAAAUAGCGAGACGAAGUUCGAUUAUUCGCCAGUGGUUGAUUCGUACGCUGAUCCAACAUCGUCACAGUACAAGUCGGUGAUGGUUGAGAAUGCGCUGAAAAUGCCGUACCACAUCAAAUUGUCGGACCCGCUUCAUUAUGUCGAUGGCAAUUUCGAUAUUCGCACAUUGCUCAUCAGCGGCGAUUAUCGAGCCGUCAAAAAUCCACAAAUUAAAGUGCUCUUCUACAAUAGCCGAAUUUCGAUGGACAAAAACCUAGCGCAAUUCGUAUUUGCGAAUGGGAGUGUCGUUGGAGGAACUGACAAAAAGGUCCGCAGCAAGUUUGGACCUAGCUUUGCCGGCAUCGCGUUUUUCGGUGUGCUCUUGGUGCCACAUCAAAUCGAGAUUGAUUUGGACGCGAAUUACAAUAGCUCGUUCGAUUUGGCCGUCAUCGAGUCGAACGUCGCAAUUUAUUAUGCGCGAUGGUUCUCGUCGCGAAUCGCCAAAAAGAGUUCGUGUGGAUAUCGCGCGUUCGAGAUAGACGAGGUUUGUCGAUGCUUGAUGAUUGCGCGCCUUUAA